ACCUCUGCAGUGCCUGUCUCGUGGAUUAAUGGCAGAAUUUAGUCUCCCUGCAUGUUAACAUGCGCUGCUCUCUCAGCAGCAAUAAAUUCACACAAAACUACCAGCAGUUCACCAAAAACAUUGAGUCCUGUGCUCUCUCGAUUCACCUCAGGUGCACCAUGCCUGAGAAUUCGUAUGAGUAAGUCUCCUUGAUGACUAGUGCACGAGAAGAGGCAUAUUACUGCUUUAAUUACUUAUAAUGAAGGAUCACGGGAUGGUGAUGUCAUCAUUUUAAGACUUGCUAUGUCUAAGUGCACUGCCAGGAAGAGAAAAGAUGAAUGAUGAUUUAUAUAUCUUGGAUAAAAUUCAGGAAAAACAAAGAGGAGUAUUAUAUUAGCCAAACGAUGGAGAUUAAAUCUUUGGGUUGGAUGCCAGAAAGUUACCAGUUCCACCACUACUCCUGACACUGACUUCUGGGACUCGAAUUAAGAUACAUGUUGCUGAUCAUGAAAUGAAAAAUGUAUGGGCAAUCUUCAUUCUCAUAUUUCCUCACAGCUUCCUUUGGUCUGUACUUUCCCAGAAAGGAGUACUCAGAGAAUGUCUACAUUGACCAACCAGCAGGUACACCUCUCCUGCGCAUCCACGCCUUGAGGGAUUCCCAUGGAGAAUCAGCCCACUUUCAUCUGUGCCAGAAUCUCAUCAUUUCUCGAGCAAGAUCCCAUGAAAAUCACUGGUUUCAAAUCAGAGAAAAAAUGGGACUUCUCUACCUCAGCAAGAGCCUAGAUAGAGAAGACUUUAACAUGCUGUCUGUAGGAAACUGGAUGCCAUUAUCAAAGGUGAUGCUGUAUGUCUUCCUCUCGUCCCACCCUUUCCAAGAGAAGGAAUGUGACUCUGCUACUCGUACCACAGUUGUCCUCUCUUUGAUCAAUGCUACUGCACCGGCUUGCAGUUCAAUGACAGCAAGGCAGCUUUGCUUCACAGAAAUGGAUCUCUCAUUUCACAUCAAGGAGAAUAAACCUCCUGGUACAUUUCAUCAGCUCCAGCUACCCUCAGUUCAUCAUCUGUGUCAGAAUCUCAGCAUUACCUACAAACUGUUGGCAGCCGAAGGCCUGCCUUUUCGGUACAAUGAGAACAGCACCGGUGUGAGUGUAACACAGCGCCUAGAUCGAGAGGAGAGAGAGAGAUACGAGCUGAUCGCCAAAUGCACCGUGAGAGAAGGCUUCAGGGAAAUGGAGGUUGAGGUGCCCUUCCUCAUCAAUGUGUUAGAUGAAGAUGACUCUCCUCCCUUCCUUCCCAACGGCACUGACACUGCAGAUGCUGUCGUGGAGUUCAACAGAAAAGAGGGAACUGUCCUUGCAACGCUAACUGUGUAUGAUGCAGACACCACACCCAUUUAUCCCCUUGAAAGCAGCAGAAAGAAAUACACAGGAACAAUAAUUACUGACGAUCCAUGGAUAAAUGAAACAUUUCGGGUGGAGCACAUUUUUGAAGAAAUCCACUUUAGCCCAAAUGGCAGCCAAGUGAGGGGAACUCAACAUGAAUACAAACUGGUACUGAAUAAAAGUAUUUCAGUCACAGAGCAUCGUUCCUUCCAGUUGGAUGUUUUGGUGAACGACACAGAAUUUAAUGGCCCAGAAAGAUCAGUGAUGCUUCAUUUCAAUGUCUCCAUACUUCCUGUCAGCAUUCAGUUUCCAAACACAACUUAUCGCUUCACAGUAAACCGAAAUGCUCAACGUUUUGCACAAAUAGGAAAAAUCUGCAUCGAAAACUGUAUGAAAUUCCGUGGUGUGAACAUCACCUACAAGUUGCUGUCCCCCAAUGUAAGCUGCUAUGCUGUUGGCAUACUUCAAGGCCGAGAAGAUAAAUAUGGAAGCAUUUAUGUGAAUGAUUCCUCUGUGCUGCUUAGACCCGAAUGCAAAGAAAUACAAUACACUGUUCAAGCUACAGACAAGCAGAGCAGGAAACACACCAAAACCCUCCUCACUGUUGUAUUAGAAGGAACUGUUUUUAAAAAAGAAGAGGACUGCCCUGACUCUUGUGCUAUGAGUAAGCACCUUGCUGAAUGUGAAGAGUGUGGUGGCCUGGGAGCGCUAACAGGAAGAUGCCAGUGGAGACAGGGGAGUGGAAAAGGAAUCACCACAAACUAUUCCACAUGCACCCCAAGUAUCAAGACUUGUCCAGAUGGCACCUGUGAUAUCGUGGAGAGCAAAGAUCCAGCUAUUUGCCCCCAGGAUUGCACAAAUGGAAAUAUUAUUGGUGGUCAUGGGAAAGGCACUGGAAAUCUUGGAAUUAAGUCAGGACAUGGGAUUUGUUACUGCUUCCCGAGACAGAACUGUUACUGUGAGAAAGAUGAUAUCAAGGAGCAAUUUUGUGAUGAAGUGUGCAAGACUGUGAUAGCAGGGGCAGUGCUGUUGUCCUUCAUCAUCUCUGUGCUGCUUUCUUCCUAUUUCAUCCAUCGCUACCACAAGAAUUCUCCAAAACCACCUAUUGCCUCUGCAGAAAUGACAUUCCGGCGCCCAGCCCAAUCGUAUCCCAUCAGUUAUUCUUCUACUAAUGUCCGUCGGCCUUCUUUAGACUCCAUGGAGAACCAGGUGUCAGUAGACACCUUUAAGAUACCGGAAGAUCCAAAGUGGGAAUUCCCUCGGAAGAACCUGGUUCUAGGCAAGACUCUUGGAGAAGGAGAAUUUGGAAAGGUUGUCAAGGCGACAGCUUUCAGGCUCAAGGGGAGAGCUGGCUAUACUACUGUGGCAGUGAAAAUGCUAAAAGAAAAUGCUUCCCAGAGCGAGCUGCGAGAUCUGCUUUCAGAGUUCAACCUUUUGAAACAGGUGAACCAUCCUCAUGUCAUCAAACUUUACGGAGCCUGCAGUCAAGAUGGCCCGCUCUAUUUAAUUGUGGAAUAUGCUAAAUAUGGCUCCUUGCGCAGUUUUCUCAGGGAAAGUCGAAAAGUGGGACCAAGCUACGUGGGUAGUGAUGGCAACAGGAAUUCGAGUUAUUUGGAUAACCCCGAUGAGAGAGCUUUAACAAUGGGAGAUCUGAUAUCAUUUGCAUGGCAGAUAUCACGAGGAAUGCAGUACCUGGCAGAAAUGAAGCUUGUCCAUCGUGACUUAGCAGCCAGGAAUGUUCUGGUGGCCGAAGGGCGCAAAAUGAAGAUCUCUGAUUUUGGCCUAUCCCGUGAUGUAUAUGAAGAAGAUUCGUAUGUCAAGAGGAGCAAGGGUCGGAUACCUGUUAAAUGGAUGGCCAUAGAAUCCCUAUUUGAUCAUAUCUAUACAACACAAAGUGACGUGUGGUCGUUCGGAGUUCUGCUCUGGGAGAUUGUAACUUUGGGAGGCAAUCCCUACCCAGGUAUUGCUCCUGAAAGACUCUUUAACCUCCUAAAAACAGGCUAUAGAAUGGAGAGACCAGAAAACUGCAGUGAAGAAAUGUACAACCUGAUGCUGCGCUGCUGGAAGCAAGAACCAGAUAAAAGACCAACAUUUGCUGAGAUCAGCAAGGAGCUAGAGAAAAUGAUGGUGAAGAGUAGGGACUACUUAGAUCUUGCGGCUUCCACCCCUUCUGAUUCCUUGCUUUAUGAUGAUGGGCUCUCAGAAGAGGAGACACCUCUCGUGGACUGUAAUAAUGCUCCCCUCCCUCGAACCCUUCCUUCCACAUGGAUUGAAAACAAACUCUAUGGCAUGUCAUACCCGAACUGGCCUGAGGAGAGUCCCGUUCCACUCACAAGAUUCGAUGGCACUAACUCUGUGUUUUCAAGAUAUGCAAAUGAUAGUGUUUAUGCUAACUGGAUGGUUUCACACUCAGCGGCAAAAUUUGUGGACAAGUUUGAUAGCUAAAAUUUUCUUUGUGAAAGGUAAUGGACUCAUGAGGGGAACAAACAUGCAAAGAAUGGAAAGUCCAUUGGCUCGUUCUUUGUACAGUCAACAACCUUUAGAUUGGCAAACUUUUAUUGGUAGUUUUUAAAGUGUGUUAUUAAUGAUGAAAGCUAUAAUUGGUGAUUUCCCCUUUCAGAAAGCAUAUCAAGCUGGAUAAGAGUUGUAGUUCCAGUACUUCUUUUUAGAUUGCCACUUCGCAUAGGGUUCCAUUUGCCAACUUCUUAGUGCAAAUGGCUCUGCACUUCAUUCUCACAGUUUUUUAGAUUAACCAUCCUGUUUUACAACCUUAUUGGAUGGGAAAAUGUACUUGAACUGCUACUUUUAUAGUGGCUGUUUGCAUACGACCACUUGAUCUAAGUAGGAAGCACAAAUAUAUGGAAGGGAGGGGGGAAAUACGCUCCCAAGCUAUCAGAUGAAAAGGGUUACAGUGAUGUUGGCACUAAUGAAGCCUGUAUCUUGGUUUAGAAGCAAACAUUAAGUAACUCAGUAGAGCACUUGAGAUUGAACAUUUGAAGUCUUGUAAAAUGUAUUGUCUUGUCUUAAUGAGAAGAGAGUUUGUUUUAUUAGUCUUAAUUGCUCUUACCUUUAGCACAAUGGAGAUAAGUUUAAUACAAGAUAUGCUGUAUAGGCCGAUGGCAAUCAAGAGUGUGCAUCUGACACGAUUUAUUUUCCAUCAUAUACAUCUUACUAAUGUUAAAACGUAUGACCUUGUACAAUCACAGUUCCUUUUACGAGUUCCAUUUGGACUGUAUAGGAAUUUUUAGUCUGAAUUAAAGAGAUUUUGUUUGCAGUCAUGUUCAGUGGGUUGGAGUCCUCCUCUCAGCUCAGAAUUGGAUACACUGCCAUGCACAGAACACUGCCGUGACAUAGCUCCAAGUAAACCAAUUAUCUCAAAAGUUAUGAGUGAGCAACACUUGCACAGUAAAAGUGGUCUAUUACUCUGCUGUUAAUGAACCCAUACCAAGAAAAUGUCAUCUGGAUUUGUUGAGGUGAAAUAUAAAAAUGUGUGCCUACAACACUGACUUGAUAUUUAGGAGACUGGUCUGACUAUGGGUCAUGUGUUCUAUGUGGAAGAGUAAAUGAUCAGCACUAUUUUUGUCUUUAUUUGUAAUCUGAUAUGGUUAAAGAUAACUUUUGUUUUGCUACAAAUGUUGGGAUGUGAAUCCCGAGUGACUCGUUGUUAACGUUGUGAUGAUUAUUCUAAAUAAUCCAAUUCUACCAAAGCUUGCUCCAAUUUAGCUGUUUCCAGAUGUUGUUUUGUGUACAAACUUUAUGUUUCCAUUAAAGUCUGUGAUUUCAG